UGUCUCUAUCUGGUUUCCUCUGUAUAACUAUUUUUAGAGCUUCUUCACGAGUCCCAUGUCCCCAAGUCAUUCGCAACACUCCAUUCUCUCUUCCCCUUGCUUCAAAGAAGAAAGAAACUAGAGAGAGGUUUUCAUUCAGAGAGAGACUUUGUUUUUGUCUAAGCUUGAAGAUAUGCCAUGCUCUUCUUAAGCUUGCUAAAAGAGAAGGCAUCGGAUUGAGUUGUUUUGGCCAUCAAUAAUACGAGUUUCUUGCGAAGGAAGCAAUUUGCUUAUUGGUUGAAGUAAAUGGGGGAUCACUUCGUGUUGUUGGUGGAUCGCUUGCUCACCGAGUCGACUUUGGGAGCUGCAAUCGAGAGCCAGAACCGGUAUCUCGAAGCUAUGGAGCUGGCUUCAGACUUAAAACCAGCUGAGAGCGCCUCACACAAGGUCGACUUAGGCAAUGUAUCUUCUACGGGGAAAUUGGUUGAGUGCCGUAUAUGCCAGGACGAAGAUGAUGACAGAAAUAUGGAGACACCAUGCUCUUGUUGCGGCAGCUUGAAGUACGCUCACCGCAGAUGCGUACAGAGGUGGUGUAAUGAGAAGGGUAACACUUUGUGCGAGAUCUGUCACCAGCAAUUCAAGCCUGGUUACACAGCCCCGCCUCCGCUAUUUCAGUUUGGUCGGGUUCCAAUGAACUUCCGGGGAAACUGGGAGGUAUACCGAGGAGACUUGAAUGGGCCGCGCAUUAUAGCGAUGGUUGCACCUGAUCGUAGUUUCUCUGAACCGGCAGACAACGAGCACUCACACUCGGUAUCAAGAAGCUUAAUGUGCUGCCGUUCCAUGGCUUGCAUCUUCAUGGUUCUUCUGGUCUUAAGGCACGCUCUUCCGGUCUUGCUGAGCGGCACUCGUGAAUACUCGUUGCCAUUGUUAAUGCUACUGUCUUUACGAACCGUGGGGAUAGUCCUGCCGAUUUACAUCAUAAUAAGGGUGCUAACUGCCGUCCAGCGACACCGGCGUCAACAGGUACAGGUGUCUCUGAGCUCGCCGCUCGCUUCAUCAGACCAGGAGACCGAGAAUCCUACCCAGCAGCCUUCUCCGUUAUCGCGCGACGGCAGAUGAAGAAAGAGGCUAGGCCUUGAAAAUGGAGUGUUUCUUUAGUCUUCAGAGCGAUUACAGCACAGGUCACCAGAUCAUUUCUACUGGUUUUUUUCAUUUUCAUCUCGUGGGGAAAAUUGUACAGUCGAAAGGAAAGUAUCACAAUGUACAUAUAUAUAUGUAUACACAAGAAGCAGCACUGCUGCACGCAGCCAAUUAUGCAAAGUUAUCUCCAUUGAA